AUGGAAUCAGUUGCAUCUGAUAUCGGCAUCAAUCAUUUAGCCGCAGUUGCGGCUCAGUCAACUCUGGCGCUGAGAAACAGAGUUGCUCGUUACAAAGGCCGCGACAGAUCUCUGGCUAGUUUAUGCAAUGUGCUUGGAAACCUACACAACAAUCUGAAAGCACUAGAACAGACUACCAUUUCAGAUGCAUCGCCAAGAAUUACUCUAGAAAGACCGAUUCGUCGAUGCAAUCUCCUAUGUCAAGAAUUUGAGAGGGCUAUGAAAGACUUUGAGAUGAAACCUACGACGGGCGUGAGAGAUUGGUCCAAGAUGGAGGUCACAACAGGCGAUAUAAACGAGUUUAUCGACAUAUUAACCGGAUACCAAGCAACAAUAUCAGUUUGCCUAGAUACUAUGACCAAACCGGCGGCCAAGCUAUACACGGUGCUUGAAGGAUACGAAAAGAAAAUCCAAGUAGUGUUUUACACCCUCAGCAGGAACCUACAACGAGUUUACGAGAAGAUGGACCUCGAUAAUCGAGAAAGCCAAAACACUAGUGCUUCAGUAAGAAAUAUCGAACUCAAUGAAGAAUGCGCAACGAUAGAUCAAUGCCUCCUGAUCUGUCACCUUGUUAGCUCUCGUAUCCAGCCUCUGGCAGACCAUGAGGAACCUCUGGAGGAUACACCCCUAUGGACACUCUCUCCUGACAGCCAGAGCCUAUCAGAGGCACAAUCACCUACAGACGGAAUCUCUGUAGAAAAGUGGCUCCGGCAACAAGUUACCUCUCAAGCCUCACGAGACGCCUAUAUCAAUUGGUGGCCACCCUCUGAACAGAAACAUCGCACCAAUAAUGAAAUAAAACACAUCGACGCUGUAUUUGGUGCGAAAAGUAAACCGUCAACUCUUGCAGGUUCUAUAUGGCCAAUGCCCUCCGGAUCUGCGAACUCGGCUCAGCCAGCGACAGGUCUAUUACCGGAAGAUUCUGGCGAUGGAACAGACGAGGCUGUAGGUGCUCUUGCAAGCAGAAGAGUCACACCUGAGGAUUUCGAAUAUGCCUGCGAAUUCUGUAUCUUCUGGUUGUUUUCUCCGGAUCAAUUUUCAUCAAUCGAAAGGCAAGCAUGCAGUAGUCUCAAGGAGGAGGUAUCUCAUAUCCUCACGCAUAUCAUUGAUCAUCAUGGGCUUCUUCGUGGGAAUCACCCUCGGAACACCUCUCGCAAGUACCUGGCAAGCUGUCAGAGCAAUAGUCCACUCAUAAAAGCAAAAGGAGUCUGCGAAAAAUGCAGGUCGAUAGACAAGUGGAAUGACGAAGAUUUUAUGGAUCCUGCGCACUAUGGCAUUGUUCUUUGCCUUCGCUGUUGGUAUACAUUCAACAAGAGGGAGAUGCAGGACCAUCUGGCUGAGCCUCUAUGUGCUUACAAUGCGGAAAAGCCCAAACGCGAGAAAGUCUAUAACCUAUAUACGACAUUCUGCUCCGAAACUCGGCCUCCUAGCACGCCUCCUCGGCAAUCAAUAUCGCCAUCUGAUCAACAGUCUUUGCCGUCACCAUCAGAGUCCAGUUCUUCACCGGGCCUACCCACUCUUGGAGAGUGGCUGGAACCUCUGCUAUCCCCCAAUUUGGAUAAACCUGCAGACACUACUCCAACAUUUGCUUCUGGCGGUGGCUCGAUAACAAUAAGCCUCGCCCCUGAUGACAUAUUCACCUCAGGAGAGAACCCGACGAGUAGCAACCACCAGGUAGCUACAACAGACACUUCGAUUAGACAUCCAGAAGAAUCCGUUGAAUUUGAGGCUGAUAAGGUCAAUGGAACCGAUGAUAGCGAGGAGGAGCCAGACAAGUCAGUUGAGUACAUGAACGAUGUUACUUCAAUCCAGUCUUUCGACGAUGAUAUUCAAUCGAGCUCUAGUAGUUACGCAAGAACGCCUCAUGUUAUCGUUGCCGAACGUCAGAUCGGUGCACUACUCGCUGGCCAUCCAGGCGUCAGCUUUGUGCUUGAAGAAUCGAUUGACAUCAUGCCCAGAGAUAGACUCAAGCGCAAUAUUCGGAGGUCUCUGAAGCUUCUAUACUUACGCCUCCGAGAAGAGACACAAAGCAAUGUCCAGGUGCUUGCAGCUCAAAUGUUCAAAGGGCGUAACUCGCGAAGAAGAAUAUCUCGACAAACCGUCAAAGAAGGCAUGGCAGGCCUGGUCACAAAUCCUGGUUCCGAAGAAGAUGCUGAGCGGCCGACAUUUCACAAAGAUCGAGCAUCAUUGGAUAGCUGGUUGUCAAACCUGCAGUGUACUGAACAAAUAAACGAGAAGCCCCAGGACUUACACCCAUUGAAAGAAACUCAUGAUGAGAGUGAUUCCAGCGCAGACUCAGGGUCGAACAUCUCGGAACAAUAUCAAGCGGUUCAGGUUGCGGAAGAUUUCCUCUUAAGUGGCACCGCUUUUCGAGCCUUUUUAACGGAACUUACUCUCUCACUAUUGCCUGUCCAUCCCAGGCAAAUUAUGCAAUUGGCUUCUUGGGGCGACAUUGAGCUUAUUGACACGGCGUUCAAAACUUCAACCUCUGAUCGAAUCAAGUCUUCGGUAGAAGAUCUAACUGGCAGCCCUUGGAAUUGGUGGCCUAUGUCACCGCCGAAGAUACCACUAAGAAGAGGCCAUGUGCGAAUGAACUGGAAAUGUCAUUGUGGCAAGGCUUCCUGGGUUGACAUCACCCCUUCUCAGGCUCGCGUAAUACAAAGGAUUAUCAACAACUCAAACUCUUUCGUUGAGAACAAGGAAAAUACCCACAGUAGGCAAAGCGUUGUUCAAAGUAUCGCAAGUCGGUUUGGACAGAGAUCUGAAGCGCUUCUGCCCACUUCGAUACCCGCGUCUCAGAACAAUCACUUACCCUUAUCCGGCAUAGAAAGUAGUGAUCAGGCACAAGGAAUUACUACUAUUGCUGGAGAAGGCAACAAGCUGCCGAAUACUGCCUGCGACUUGAGAAUCCUGUUUGGGGUGCCCACGGGGCCCAAGACGCUUCAUCUAACUCCCAUCCUAGUGACACAGCAACCCAAGAGUGAAAUUUUCCCACAGAUGCAGAAAGAGCACAAGAGAAUACGUGGUAGAAUCAGAGCAUGGUUCUCGUUUUGGCAGCUUAGUCACUGUAAUUUUGUUAAGUUUGAGAGCAUUGCUCGCAACGUAGUUGUUGCUUGCGGCCAGGGUCUGCCAGAAGCCAACGACAUUGACUAUGAUUUCUCACCAAAACCAGCAUCACUACCGCCUAUUCACCCGCAUGUAUUUGAAGCUGCAUUCAAUAGCUGCGCUGGCGGCAGCUGUCGACGUCUGUUCCCCCCUCACGAGUGUUAUGAGUUCGAGGAGACUAUUUAUAUACCACGUAUCCCCAAGAAGAAGACACCAAUCAGCUCUGGAGAACGAGAUGUUGCUAUCUGGGGACUGGAGGCGCGAUACUGCACUUCUUGUUUCCAUGUUAUCUUGUAUCAUGUCCUUAUUCUGAUACCCCCUUUUGCUCUAUGGGGAGUUUGGGUGACCAAGCAUCCUGGUGAUAUACAGAGUGCAUCUGUACCCAUGACUGUUGUGGUAGCGAUGAUUUCUAUGUUUUGGAGUGCGACUGGUAUCUUGAAGCAGUUUCGAGGUGAGCUAUAG